ACGAGCGUAACGCUCACAACUUCCCUCUAGACUUAGCAUCUGUUGAAGCUCCUUUCGUUGGCUAAACAAUCUUGUUUUAGAGGCAAGCUGCAUAUAUAACAACUGUGCGCAGGAAUCCUGCGCACGUAAAUAUACAGGUUAAAUUCCUAACUUUCACUUAUUUAUGUAUUGGUCCAUUAAGCACCUUAAAUGUGUGUCAUAAUAUAUUUAGGAGUCUGUCCUGGGUCACUUCUGUAUCAUAGUUGUUCUAGUUACAGACUUAAUAAAGUGGGUAGCAAUUCUAAAAUAUUACCCUCUCAGAAGCUGAUUCAUGAUUUUGGGCAGGUGUUUCCUUUGUCUCGUCUGAAGAGAGGAGAAUCUCAAUGACUAUUCGUUCACCGGAACCAGAAGUCAAGAUUGUGGUAGACAAUGAUCCUGUAAAAACCUCUUUUGAAAAAUGGGCUAAGCCAGGUCAUUUCUCUCGUGCGUUAGCAAAAGGUCCUACUACAACCACUUGGAUUUGGAACCUGCAUGCUGAUGUUCACGAUUUUGAUAGCCACACUAGUGAUCUAGAAGAAAUUUCUCGUAAGGUUUUUAGUGCACACUUUGGUCAAUUAGCUGUCAUAUUCAUUUGGUUAAGCGGAAUGUAUUUUCAUGGUGCACGCUUUUCCAAUUAUGAAGCAUGGUUAAGUGAUCCAACCCACAUCAAACCUAGUGCUCAAGUUGUUUGGCCAAUUGUAGGUCAAGAAAUUUUGAACGGCGACGUAGGUGGUGGAUUCCAGGGAGUUCAAAUUACCUCUGGUUUAUUCCAAAUGUGGCGUUCUUCUGGAAUCACUACUGAACUAGAGUUAUAUUCCACUGCAAUUGGUGGUUUAUUAAUGGCAGGCUUAAUGUUUAUCGCUGGUUGGUUCCAUUAUCAUAAAGCUGCACCUAAAUUGGCUUGGUUCCAAGAUGCAGAAUCUAUGAUGAACCACCAUUUAGGCGGUCUAAUAGGCUUAGGAUCUUUGGGUUGGGCUGGACACCAAAUUCAUGUAUCUUUGCCUAUCAACCAAUUGUUAGAUGCAGGAGUUGACCCUAAAGAAAUUCCUUUGCCUCACGAAUUUAUAUUUAACAGAGACUUAUUAGCUCAGUUAUAUCCUAGCUUUGCGAAAGGUGUAACUCCUUUCUUUACCUUAAACUGGGCAGAGUAUUCUGAUUUCUUAACUUUCCGUGGCGGUCUAAAUCCAGUUACAGGAGGUUUAUGGUUAACUGAUACAGUUCACCACCACGUAGCAAUUGCAGUCCUUUUCCUAGUAGCAGGACAUAUGUAUAGAACUAACUGGGGAAUUGGUCAUAGCAUGAAAGAAAUGUUAGAAGCUCACAAAGGGCCUAUGACUGGUGAAGGUCACAAAGGACUUUAUGAAAUUUUGACCACUUCUUGGCAUGCUCAAUUAGCAUUAAACUUAGCUACUUUUGGAUCUUUAACAAUUAUCAUAGCACAUCAUAUGUAUGCUAUGCCUCCUUACCCAUAUUUAGCAACUGAUUAUGGUACUCAGUUAUCCUUAUUCACACACCACAUGUGGAUUGGUGGAUUCUGCGUUGUAGGGGCUGGUGCUCAUGCAGCUAUCUAUUUGGUAAGAGAUUACGAUCCAACUACUCAGUAUAACAAUCUAUUAGAUCGUGUUCUACGUCAUAGAGAUGCAAUUAUUUCUCAUCUUAACUGGGUAUGUAUCUUCCUAGGAUUCCAUAGUUUUGGUUUGUAUAUUCAUAACGAUACUAUGAGUGCCUUAGGUCGUCCUCAAGAUAUGUUCUCUGACACAGCUAUUCAACUUCAGCCUGUGUUUGCUCAAUGGGUUCAAAAUACUAACGCUGCAGCACCUGGUUUCACAGCACCUAAUGCAGCUGCCGCUAGCAGUAUCACUUGGGGUGGUAGUGAAUUAGUAGCAGUAGGUGGGAAAGUAGCAAUGUCUCCUAUUCCAUUAGGAACAGCUGAUUUCCUAGUGCACCAUAUUCAUGCAUUUACUAUUCACGUUACUGUUUUGAUUCUUUUGAAGGGUGUAUUAUUUGCUCGUAGUUCUCGACUAAUCCCAGAUAAAGCUAAUUUAGGCUUCCGCUUCCCUUGUGAUGGUCCAGGACGUGGUGGUACUUGCCAAGUUUCUGCUUGGGACCAUGUAUUCUUGGGUCUAUUCUGGAUGUAUAACUCUAUUUCUGUAGUAAUUUUCCAUUUUAGUUGGAAGAUGCAAUCAGAUGUAUGGGGAACUGUAAAUGCUCAAGGAGUAUCUCAUAUUACUGGAGGGAACUUUGCUCAAAGUGCAACUACCAUUAAUGGAUGGUUGCGUGAUUUCUUAUGGGCACAAGCAUCUCAAGUAAUUCAAUCUUAUGGAUCUGCUUUAUCUGCAUAUGGUUUAGUUUUCUUAGGUGCUCACUUCGUAUGGGCAUUUAGCUUGAUGUUCUUGUUUAGUGGCCGUGGUUAUUGGCAAGAACUAAUUGAAUCCAUUCUAUGGGCUCAUAAUAAGCUUAAAGUUGCUCCUGCUAUCCAGCCUCGAGCUCUUAGUAUUACUCAAGGGCGUGCUGUAGGAGUAGCUCAUUACCUUCUGGGUGGGAUUGCCACAACAUGGGCAUUCUUCCUAGCAAGAAUUAUUUCAGUAGGAUAAUGGCUAGGAGGGUUUUAAAGCAUUAUGGCAUCAAGAUUUCCAAAAUUUAGCCAGGGCCUAUCCCAAGACCCAACCACUCGCCGUAUUUGGUUUGGAAUUGCUACUGCACACGACUUCGAAAGUCAUGAUGAUAUCACCGAAGAACGGCUUUAUCAGAAGAUUUUUGCUUCUCAUUUUGGUCAGUUAGCAAUUAUCUUCUUGUGGACCUCUGGGAAUUUGUUUCACGUAGCAUGGCAGGGCAAUUUUGAAGCGUGGUCUCAAGAUCCUUUGCAUGUUCGUCCUAUCGCACAUGCAAUUUGGGAUCCUCAUUUUGGACAACCAGCAGUAGAAGCUUAUACUCGAGGAGGCGCUUCUGGUCCUGUAAAUAUUUCCUAUUCCGGUGUAUAUCAAUGGUGGUAUACUCAAGGUCUACGUUCUAACCAAGAUCUUUACACAGGAGCACUUUUCCUAUUAGGAUUAGCUGCUGUUUCUUUAGUAGGUGGAUGGUUACAUCUACAACCUAAGUGGAAACCUAGUGUUUCUUGGUUCAAAAAUGCUGAGUCUCGUUUAAACCACCAUUUAGCUGGUUUAUUUGGAACCAGUUCUUUGGCUUGGGCUGGACAUAUCGUACACGUAGCUAUUCCUGAAUCUAGAGGACAGCAUGUAGGAUGGGAUAAUUUCUUAACUACUGCUCCACAUCCACAAGGUUUAGCACCUUUCUUUGCUGGCCAAUGGGGUGUUUAUGCACAAAAUCCAGAUUCUAGCAGCCAUAUCUUUGGUACUUCAGAAGGAGCUGGUACUGCUAUCUUAACUUUCUUAGGCGGUUUUCAUCCACAGACACAAAGUCUUUGGUUAAGCGAUAUAGCUCAUCACCAUCUAGCAAUUGCUGUAAUAUUCAUCGUUGCUGGACAUAUGUAUCGUACCAACUUUGGAAUUGGACAUAGUAUGAAAGAGAUUAUGGAAGCACAUAUUGCUCCAAGCGGUCGUAUGGGCGGCGGUCACCAAGGCCUAUUUGACACAGUGAAUAAUUCUCUUCAUUUCCAAUUAGGAUUAGCAUUAGCGUGUUUAGGUGUUAUCACUUCUUUGGUAGCUCAGCACAGCUAUUCCUUACCUUCUUAUGCAUUCAUAGCUCAAGAUUUUACUACUCAAGCAGCACUUUAUACUCACCAUCAGUAUAUUGCUGGCUUCAUCAUGACAGGAGCUUUUGCUCAUGGUGCAAUUUUCUUUAUCAGAGAUUACAAUCCAGAGCAAAACAAAGGAAAUGUAUUGGCUAGAAUGUUGGAACACAAAGAAGCUAUUAUUUCUCACCUAAGUUGGGCUAGCUUAUUCUUGGGCUUCCAUACACUUGGUCUAUACGUACAUAAUGAUGUUGUACUGGCUUUUGGUACUCCAGAAAAACAAAUCCUAAUUGAACCUGUUUUUGCUCAGUGGAUUCAAUCUACUCAUGGUAAGGCUUUAUAUGGAUUUGAUGUAUUACUUUCUUCCAGUUCUAGCAUUACUAUUACUGCAGGAAAAAGUCUAUGGUUACCAGGGUGGUUAGAUGCUAUUAAUAACAAUAGUAAUUCUUUAUUCUUGACUAUUGGCCCAGGGGAUUUCUUAGUACACCAUGCAAUUGCUCUAGGUUUGCAUACAACAACCUUGAUUCUUGUGAAAGGUGCUUUAGAUGCUCGUGGAUCUAAAUUAAUGCCUGACAAAAAGGAAUUUGGAUUCAGCUUCCCUUGUGACGGUCCAGGUAGAGGUGGAACUUGCGAUAUUUCUGCUUAUGAUGCUGUUUAUCUAGCUGUUUUCUGGAUGUUAAAUACUAU